UCUCAACCUCACUCUUCAUUAGUCGGUCACCAGUCCCUCUCUUCUCUCUAACCAGAUCAGAAAUUGAAGACUUCUCUCUCUUUCAAUCACUUCACAUCACCAGAUUCAGUUUCAAGCUCUUUCAAAUAUCAUGUAAUGGAAACCUUCAAAGGCCUGGAAUCUGGAUCAGUUUUGAGCUUUGGAUCUGUAAGUCUGUGAACUGAACAACAACUGAGUAAAGAUCGUGAAAGAAGAAGGAUAUAGGUUUAGGUUUUGAAACAAACAAACAAUCGAACAUAUGAAGACAAUAGAUCUAGCAAAUAUUUGGCGGAGAUCAUUUUUCUGUUUUCUUAUAUUGAAUAUCAAUUUCACAAAUGCUUAUAAAGAAGGUUAUCGUUUUGGACCUAGAAAUCAUCAUCCUGUGACCUACAGUUAUGAUAGGAUUGAUGAGGUUAACAAAGUAUGUGGAACUGUUAUAUCUUCUGCAUCUGAACUUAAACCUGAUGAUACUGGAUUGUAUAGCAUUAAGGAAGAACUGUCUUUCACCAAUGGUGAUUGGAGGCAGGGAGGUAAUGAUAAGGCGUCCUUAAUGCCAUUCGAUGAUAGGGAUGCACCAAAUGGUUCAGUAAUGGCUCGUGAAUCGCCAUUGAACUUGAUUUCUUUCCGGUUAAUGGAUGUUGAUCGAGCUCAUCGGUCUAAGAAAUCGUUCCUUGUUAGUGGAUCUUUACUGAUUGGCUUUACUAGGCAGGGAUUGCUUAAUGGAAGGAGACGAUAUGAAGAAAAUCCUUAUUUUAACAUAUGGCCAGGCCAUUCUGAGUUAUUGGUUUCUUUUCAAGGAGUCUAUACGGAAAAUGGAGGGGAAAGAGUUCUGUGUUUGCUAGGUAAUGCGAUGCUGCCUGCUCGCGAACCUCAGUCUCCUGAUCCAUGGGAAUGGGAUAAGGUUUCUGGUUAUACUAAUCAACCUCCUCUUCUACAAGAUGAUCAAAUUUUACUAGUUCUUCACUUUCCAAUGACAUUAACCUUAACCAAUAGAGAAAUCCAUGGUAAAAUGACGAGUUUGAAUCCUAAAUCGAGCCAGAAAUACUUUGACGACGUUUAUAUCUCUUCGUGGAUGGGUGCUUCUGCUGAUUAUGAAUUCGGUUCAGAAGAGUUAGUCUCUCGCGCCUGCGAUCCUUAUCCAUAUCCAGAUAGCUCCACUUCUGAUCAUGUAAAUGUCUAUAAAGGCCGGGACCUCUGUUCAUUCCUGACAAGUUCUUCUCACGAAGAAUUCCUAUCGAUAUCACCUAACUGGGGAUGCAGUGGCACUGACGAAUUCUGUAGCAAAUUGGGUCCGUUUUCAUCAGAUUAUGGAAUAAAGAAGACCGAUGGAGGGUUUAAGGAUGUUAAGCUUGUUCUUCAGGAUGUUCGAUGCAAGCAAGAAGAUUCGAUAGAAAGGAUUUCAGCUGUUUUCAGAGCUGUUCCUCCGUUUGAGAACCAAUAUUAUGCUGGCGAAAGAACUGGACUGAAUAACAUGACGCUUUUGUUAGAAGGAAAAUGGAAAGCAUCGUCUGGCCAGCUCUGUAUGAUAGGCUGCCAUGGAAAUGGCGGUUGUGAUUCUCGAGUUAUUCUGUACAUUCCUCUCGUUUUUUCGAUACAGCAAAGAAGUAUAAUCAAAGGAACUAUAUCGAGCAUUGUGGAUAAAAACAGAAACGAAAAUAGUUCCUUUUAUCCGUUAUCGUUUGAAAAGCUAGUGAGGCCUGCUGAGCUUUGGGAUAAGUAUACUUCAGCUCAUCCAUAUUACAGAUAUUCAAAGAUCGAUCAAGCUAUCGCAAUCAUGGAGAAGAAAGAACCGUUUAGCGUUGGAGAUAUUAUUAAGAAAUCUUUACUCAAUUUCCCGAAAUUGGAAGAUACAGAAGCAUUCGAAAUCAGUCUUUCCUAUCUGUCGGAAGAUCUCACUCUUCAAACUUCCGCAGUUCAUGAUCCCCUUAAAACGAGAAUCCAAUUGGAAAUCAUCUCGAUAGGAAAAUUAUUCGGACGAUUCUGGCCAUCAAACGAUACCAUAACCGAGGAGACUCCUUAUCGCGUCGAAAAGGAAUAUACCGAAAACCAGCUUCUUCUCAACAUAUCGGCUCAACUCACGCUCAGUGGAGAUUCGAACUCGAACACUAAUUUUUCGUCGGUUUUCUUGGAGGGUUUAUACGAUCAGCGAGUCGGAAAGAUGUAUUUAAUCGGAUGUAGAGACGUUCGUGCUUCGUGGACAAUUCUUUCGGAAAGUAACGAUCUUGAAUUCGGUUUGGAUUGUUUAGUCGAAGUUGUGGUUUCUUACCCAUCCACUUCAAAUCAAUGGUUGUCUCCAACUGCCACGCUUUCGAUAUCGAGUCGCAGAAACGAAGACGAUCCGUUGUAUUUCAAACCGGUUAAUCUCCAGACGUUUCCCAUCAUGUAUCGGAAACAACGCGAAGAUAUCAUUUCACGUACAGUUUUGGAGGGAAUAUUUAGGAUGGUUACACUUUCGGUUGCGAUCGGUUUUAUCGUUAGUCAGUUAUUUUACGUCAGAGACAAUGUUGAUUUUGUCCCUUAUAUUUCUCUUACGAUGAUAGGAGUUCAACUAAUCGGAUAUAGCUUAUCCUUGGUUACGGGCGCGGAAGCGAUUUUCAAACGAAUGAAAUCUGAAACUUACGAAAGUUCGUCGAAUUUGAUCUGUUAUGCUGUUAAGCUUCUAGUACUCGUCGCGUUUCUGUUAACACUCCGUCUCCUCCAGAAAGUAUGGAAAUCUCGCAUUAAAUUACUCUCGAGAGCUCCUCAAGAGCCUCAUCGCGUCCCCAGCGAGAAACGGGUGGUUGUCGUGACUUUAAUCACGCAUUUGAUCAUGUAUUUCGUAAUUCUCGCGAAAACGAGCCAAAAAAAGGUUAAAUCGAAUACAAUAGAUUCGUUUGGGAAUCAGCAGACAGUUAAGGAAUGGGAGUUUGAGCUGGAAGAGUAUAUCGGUUUAAUUCAAGACUGGUUUCUUCUUCCUCAGAUAAUUGGAAACCUCGUAUGGCAGAUUGACUGUCGUCCGCUGAGGAAACUCUAUUUUAUCGGUAUAACUGUCGUGAGAAUUCUGCCGCAUGUUUAUGAUUACGUAAGACCGCCUACUGUUAAUCCUUAUUUUUCGGAGGAAUAUGAGUUUGUUAAUCCGCGUUUGGAUUUCUACACGAGGUUUAGUGAUGCUGCGAUACCUGUGACUGCAAUUUUGCUUGCGGUUAUUGUAUUCAUUCAACAGAGAUGGAAUUACGAGGAGAUUAGUAAGAGGCUUGUUAUUGGGCGAUUUAAGCUUCUUCCGGUUGGUUCGAGAGUGUACGAAAGAUUACCAUCGAAGACUAGUUUUGAAACCGAGCUCGCUUCGAGUGGUGGUGAUCAUGCAAAAGAGAAAGAUGAACAUGAAGAAUCUGAUAGCGAUUGAGAACAAGUAAGUUGAAAUAUUGCGUUUUGUUUGUGAUGUUACUUGUUAGAGUUUAGCUUUGAAAUUGAGGCAUAAAAAAGUGAAAAAUUGUGUCGACCUAACGAGUCUAUAUUUCUAUUUCUAAUGCCACUUGCUUUAUCUCUAUUGUAUUUACUAUAGUAAAUAUUGAGUUGGGUUCUUCAAAUUUCAAAAUCUUGAUUUAGA